AUGUUUAAUUGGGAGCGGUUUGAGGCAGAUUUCGGCCACGAUGGCACACAAACCAUCAAGCUCGAGGACGCGGAGCAAGCUGUCGCAGCAAGGGCAGGAGAUACAACCUACGUGUCAACAGGAGAGGGAGUAGCAGAAUACGACCCAUCUGUGUGCGAUGCCCAGGGACGUCGCGAGAAGAAGCAGAUGCCAAAGAGGAAGGAAACGGACGCAGCCGAGCGCCACAGAGCAGCGGAUCAAGGACCAGAAGGCAGAGAACUGCAGGGCGAGCAAAAGAGGCCAGCAGUGAGAGGCGGAAUGGCUCCGAUUAUCGAACAAGGCACAGCUGCGGGUAUCCCCUCGCGCGCGUGUCAAGAAUUCGAUGCGCCCACGAUGAGCUCCGCGAAUGCUGCCCACGGUGGAAUGCUCCCCGCGGCAGGGGACGGUUCUACGUACGUGGAACCAAACCUGCUUGGUUACUUUGACUCUGGGUUUGAUGCGUACGUAGGGUACGACGGCGCAGACAGCUACAACGAGCCGGGCGUCCGGGCGGGAGGACAGUUGUUUUCCGACCAGUUGGAAGACUUGGGGUUUGGGGUGGGAUAA